AUGGCCGACGAGCAGCCCCCGCCCCCCGAGCCGCCCGCCGCCGCCACCGCAGCCCUGCCCGCCCUGGUGCCCGGCCUGCAGGCCGCCGAGGCCAGCGCGCUGCAGCACAAGAUCCAGACCUCCAUCUGCAAAACUGUACAAUCGAAAGUGGACUGCAUUUUGCAAGAAGUUGAGAAGUUUACAGACUUACAGAAACUCUACCUCUACCUUCAACUGCCUUCUGGCCCCAGCAAUGGCGAGAGAAGUGACCAGCUCUCCGUGUCGUCCAGCCGCGCCCAGCAGAUGCACGCCUUCUCCUGGAUCCGGAACACCCUGGAGGAGCACCCCGAGACCUCCCUCCCCAAGCAGGAGGUCUACGACGAGUACAAGAGCUACUGCGACAAUCUUGGCUACCACCCGCUCAGUGCUGCUGACUUUGGGAAGAUCAUGAAGAACGUCUUUCCCAACAUGAAGGCGCGCCGCUUGGGCACCCGAGGCAAAUCGAAGUAUUGUUAUAGUGGACUUCGGAAGAAAGCUUUCGUACAGAUGCCGAUGCUGCCCAAUCUGGACUUCCACAAAACUGGAGAUGGGCUGGAAGGAGUGGAGCCUGCGGGGCACCUUCAGAGCGCAGAUGAGGAGGUGGUGACCGCGGCCUGCCAGCUGGUCUGCGAGUGGGCCCAGAAGGUGCUCAGUCAGCCCUUCGACUCUGUCCUGGACCUGGCCCGCUUCCUGGUCAAGAGCCACUACAUCGGCACCAAAUCCAUGGCGGCCCUCACCGUGAUGGCUGCGGCACCCGCAGGCCUGAAGGGGCUCCCCCAGGCGGCGUCGGCCUUCGUCCCCACGGCCGAGAGCCACUCCUUCCAGCCUCAGGUGAAGACCCUGCCCUCCCCCAUCGACGCCAAGCAGCAGCUGCAGCGCAAGAUCCAGAAGAGGCAGCAGGAGCAAAAGCUGCAGUCGCCCCUGCCCGGGGAGGCUGAGAGCGCUGGGGGCAGCCUCUCCAACGGCAGCCCCGCCAUCUUGUCUCCUCAGCCCAUCGGGAUCGUGGUGGCCGCCGUCCCCAGCCCCAUCACGGUGCCGAGGAGCAGGCAGCUGGUGACGUCUCCUAGCCCGGUCAGCGCCUCGGAGGGCAAGGUCCUGCCGCUCAACGUCCAGGUGGUGACGCAGCACAUGCAGUCGGUGAAGCAGUCGCCAAAGACUCCGCAGAACGUCCCCGCCAGCCCGGUGGGUGACCGCUCGGCCCGCCAUCGCUACCCCCAGAUCCUCCCCAAGCCAGCCAACACCAGCGCGCUCACCAUCCGCUCCCCGACCACCGUGCUGUUCACGAGCAGCCCCAUCAAGACGGUGGUGCCCGCCCAGCACAUGAACGUGGUGAAGAUGACGGCCAUCUCUCUGGCCCCCAGCAGCACCCCCCCGGUCAAGCCCACGGCCUCGGUGGGCAGCAGCUCCGGAGCGGCAGAGGAGCCCAGGAACGUCCCGCUCAUCAAGAACGGGUCGGUGGUGUCCCUUCAGUCUCCGGGGGCCAGGGUGGGGGGCGGGGGCUUGGCCACCGCCUCGGUUGAGGUCAAGAUGGAGCCUGAAGCCACCUCGGAGGACAGCGUCCCCCCGGGCCAAGAGAAUCCAGAGGCUGUGAAGGCCGCGAAGGGAGCGUUGAGCGCCCCCACACCUCAGCCCCAGAAGGCGGCCAGCAAGCAGAGUCUCGGAGGAGCCAAGUCUGCCUGCGAUCUGAGGGCAGGGGAGUCGGGGCAGAAGUGCCUUGCCCGGCCCGCAGACUCCGGCCUGCCUCCUUCCUCCGAGGGCAGCCCUGGCACCCUGCCUCCCACGGCUGCCGGCCCCCACCCCUCCCCCGGCAGUGAGAAGCUGACCUCCAGAAGCCCCAGGAAGAGGGCGGCGCCUGCUCUCCCGGAAUCCCAGUUCCACCCCCCGGCAAAGAAACUUCUGGUGGGGCUGCCCGCUGCCGCAGGCCCCGAGGCCGCCUCCAAAGGGAAGCCGUUGCAGCGGGGGGCACCUCCGGCAAGGAGCGACGGCCCUGCAGGGGCCCUGCUGCAGGUCCCUCGCAAGGUGACCAUCAAGGUCAACGCCACAGCCCCCAACAGCCUGGUCCCCAAUGGCCCCUUGGAUGCCGACAUCAUUGUCACCUCCAGCGACCCCGCUCUGGGGCAGCAGCUGGCAGCGGCCGUGCCCCACAUCAAGGUGAAGCUGGAAGGGAACGUCUUGAUCCUGGAAAACGCGGCUCAGCCCGAGGGCGGCUUGAGCCCGGAGGCGUGGCAGCAGCUGGUGAAGAGCACGGAUUUUGCUCCCAUGACCAGCGACCGACAGCAGCAGCAGCAGCAGGAGGAGGAGCUGGGUGUCUUGGCUCUGGCUGGGCCCUCUGGGGCUGAGGAGGUGGAGAAGUCGGCCUGGGAGCCACCGGGGCCCUCCUUUGACUACGGCCAGGCGCCUGAGGGGCCGGGGGAGGCGUUGCAAGCCCAGCCGCCUAGCCACUUCCCUCUGCAGCCGGAGCUGAAGGGGCUGGAGGAUCCGGCCUCGCAGCCCAACGAGAACUUCUUCUCCUUUGACGACGACCUGACGCAGGACAGCAUCGUGGAGGAGCUGGUGCUGAUGGAAGAGCAGAUGUCCCUGGGCAGCUCCCACUCGUACGGCUCGUGCCUGGGGAUCGCCCUCCAGAACACCCCGGGGGUGGCUCCGGGGGGCGGCCUCUCCUCUCACCCCAGCAGUGCCCACUUCUACCAGCCCAUCCACAGCAGCGGCACUCCCGUCCACACGCCCACCCCCACGCCCACCCCCACCCCGACCCCCACCCCCACCUCGGAGAUCAUCGCUGGGCCCCAAGGCGUCUCGAGGGAGAGCCCCUGCUCCCGCCUGGCCCCCACCACCCCCGUCGACAGCGCCCUGGGCAGCAGCCGCCACACCCCCAUCGGCACCCCCCACUCCAACUGCAGCAGUAGCGUCCCACCCAGCCCCGUGGAGUGCCGCAACCCCUUCGCCUUCACCCCCAUCAGCGCCAGCUUGGCCUACCACGACGCCAGCAUCGUCUCCAGCAGCCCCGUGAAGCCCAUGCAGCGGCCCAUGGCCACCCACCCCGACAAGACCAAGCUGGAGUGGAUGAACGCCGGCUACGGCAGCACGGUGAGCAACCCCCCUGCCGUCUCCAGCCACGCCAUCCUCCCCAGCUACCAGGAGCUGGUGGAGGACCGUUUCCGGAAGCCCCACGCCUUUGCCGUUCCCGGCCAGUCCUAUCAGACGCCCUCCCGGCACCACGACGCCCACUUUGGCCGCGUGACCCCCGUCUCCCCCGUCAGCAGCACCAAGCAAGAGGGCUUUGCGGUCCCCGCCCCUCUCGACAGCAAAGGAGCCGGCUCCUCGCACAGCAGCAGCUUCCGGUGCCGGAGCGUGAGUCCCGCCGUCCACCGCCAGCGCAACCUGAGCGGCAGCAACACCACCGCCGGUUGCCCCAUCGCCAACGUGCCCCGCUCCAGCGUCUCCUCUUUCGGCAGCCCCGUCACCCCGGAGGCCCACGCCCCCUUUGCCAACGUCCCCGCGGACACGAGUGCCAACACCCUCGCUCAGAGGAGCCAGUCCGUCCCCUUGACGGUGAUGAUGCAGACGGCAUUUCCGCCCCCGGCCAAGCAGACCAAUUCCAAGAAAAUGAUCAACGUCUUGCUCAACAAGCUCGACUCGGAGAACGAUGACGCGGUGAGGGGCCUGGGGAUGAACAACCUGCCUUCCAACUACACGGCCCGGAUGAACCUGACCCAGAUCCUGGAGACUUCCAGUGGGUUCCCAAGUGCCAAUGCCCAGGAGGUGCUCAGCACCAGCCCUUCGGUGUUUGAGUUCCAGGCCCCCAGUUACCUCACCAAAAGCGGCGGCGGCGGAGGCAGCAGUGUGGAUCAGGUUGCGUUCCCCUCGGGUGAGACCCCAGCACAGCCGGAGAGCGCGGAGCCCGCCCUGGACUUCAGCAGCACCGUCAAGGACCUCUUGGGGGAGGAAGGCUUGCCAGGCAACCCGCAGGGGGGAGCCGACCUGGGCAGCGUGGCCUCCGUCUUCUCCAGCGACAUCCGGCUGACCUCGGAGCUGUCGGGCAGCAUCAGCGACCUGAACACGCUGGACCCCAGCCUCCUCUUUGACCCCUCCCACCAGCAGGGGGCGGACGACGAGGCCACCCUGGAAGAGCUGAAGAACGACCCCUUGUUCCAGCAGAUCUGCAACGAGUCGAUGAACUCCAUCGCUUCGGCAGGUUUUGACUGGAUGGAGAGCAAGGACCACCCUGCUGUUGAGAUGCUGGGUUAACUCGCUCUU